GAGAAAUAAAUAAGCAAGCUUGCUCCGGCGAGGCACCAACGACGUGGCUGCCUGAAAACCCCCUCACUUGCCCUACGUCGAGUUCACAGAACGGCAACAUGCAGCAUCAUCCUCUGACAGGAGCGACCUGCGUGGCGCUUCCCAACGUGGGGAUGUGUCCCCAGUUGUCCUGUGCCUUGACUUUUAUGUACCUGCAGCAGGGUAAUCAGGAAGCGACAGCACCUCCUGACACAAUGGCACAGACUUACGCCUCAGCCCAGUUCGCUCCUCCUCAGAACGGCAUCCCAGCAGAAUACACCGCGCCCCAUCCUCACCCGACUCCAGACUACACAGGCCAAACCACAGUUCCAGAGCACACGUUAAAUAUGUAUCCACCUGCUCAGACGCACUCCGAACCAAACACAAGCGACACAAAUGCACAAACUGUCUCAGGCACAGCCACACAGACGGACGAUGCAGCACAGACCGACGGCCAGCAACAGACACAAUCUUCCGAAAACACGGAAAACAAAUCGCAGCCGAAACGGCUGCAUGUCUCAAAUAUACCCUUCAGAUUCCGCGAUCCAGAUCUCAGACAAAUGUUUGGGCAAUUUGGUAAAAUCUUAGAUGUUGAAAUUAUUUUUAAUGAGCGAGGCUCAAAGGGAUUUGGUUUCGUUACUUUCGAAAAUAGUGCUGAUGCGGAAAGGGCGAGGGAGAAAUUACACGGCACCGUGGUAGAGGGCCGUAAAAUCGAGGUAAAUAACGCAACAGCCCGGGUCAUGACAAAUAAGAAGACAGUCAACCCUUACACGAAUGGUUGGAAAUUAAAUCCAGUUGUUGGUGCAGUCUAUAGUCCAGAAUUCUAUGCAGGCAGGGUGCUGCUGUGUCAAGCAAACCAGGAAGGAUCUCCCGUGUACAGUGCCCCCAGUUCACUAGUAUACACAUCCACAAUGCCGGGUUUCCCUUACCCUGCCGCGACUGCAGCUGCUGCGUACAGAGGGGCACACCUUCGAGGCAGAGGCCGCACCGUCUACAACACGUUUCGUGCGGCGGCCCCCCCUCCUCCAAUCCCGGCUUAUGGCGGUGUUGUUUACCAGGAUGGAUUUUAUGGUGCAGACAUUUAUGGUGGUUAUGCUGCCUACCGGUAUGCACAGCCCACCACAGCCACCGCAGCUGCCUACAGUGACAGUUACGGACGACUUUAUGCUGCCGAACCCUACCACCACACACUUGCUCCAGCAGCCACCUACGGCGUUGGUGCCGUGAAUGCUUUUGCACCCUUGACUGAUCCCAAGACUAGGAGCCAUGCUGAUGAUGUGGGUCUCGUUCUUUCUUCAUUGCAGGCUAGUAUAUACCGAGGGGGAUACAGCCGUUUUGCUCCAUACUAAAUGACAAAACCAUAAAACCCUUCCAAUGUGGGGGAAAAAAAGGAAGCUUUCCGAGGCCUGGGUAUUGCAAUACAUGCAGUAGUGCAUCAUUUUAGCAACUCUAAAAAUACAAAAAAUACAAAAAUAAAAAAGAGGAAAAAAUCUACAUUUUUUAUCUUAUACCUCAGAUAUUUUGUUCUGUGUAUUUUAAUAUUGUGGGUCUUUUAAUUUCUGAAGGUUACAUAGUUUGCUGGCUGUAGAAAGUUCUAUUAUUAUUAUUAUUAUUAUUAUUAUUAUUAUUAUUAUUAUUUUCAUUGUUGUGGUUGAACUAGAAAGCUGCUAGAAAUGAAAAAUAAAA